AUGUCUCACCCAGAGUCCCGGUAUUCCUUUGAUGUCCCAAAUCCCUGCAUCAACUUUGCCACUCUGAGUGAUGAUGAUGUGCAGAAUGCAGACUCCUGGUUUGACCAAAAAGCCAAUCUGGAGAAUAUCCCUCCUGCAGAAAAUCUGGCAAAGGUCUCACAGAACAACGCUGAGUUUUCAAAGCCUGAUAUUAUUCUGUCUUCUGUCUCAUCACAAGGAGUAACAAAAAGUGAAAGCCUUUUUGAAGAGGACAGUAAAACAGAAUGUGUCCAGGCCACUGCUGUACCUCCAAAUAUUGUUGGAUCCCUGACGAGCUGGAGAGCUGCUGCCUCUGAUGAGGCCUCUCAAAGGGCGGGAAGGAGGCAGGCUCAGAAGCAGAGGAAAGCACAGCCACACAAACAGGCAGCUAGGAUCAAAGCAGAGAGAAAUGCUGAUGCCUUGGCUAAUAAGGAAGGGGUUCCACCCCUGAAAAAGAUGAGAGUCCGCAGAGAAGCAGGGAGAAUUAGGCGGUCUGUGCCUGGGCCCGUGGUGAGCUCUGGCAGCAGAGAGAAGGUGACAGAGGUACCUACGAAGAGAGAGAAUCCUGACUGCUCCCCGGAGAGAGGGAAGAGCAAGCUGACCCUGCCCUCCACGCCAGCAAUGUUAAAGAGGACCAAUCUUCCUGGCAAGCCCAAGAGCACAGAGGAGCAGGAGCUGGAAAAGAUGCAGCAGCUGCAGCAGGAGGUGAUCGAGAUGAGGAAGAGGAACGAGGAGUCCCUGAAGGCGGCGAUCGCAGGGGCAGGACAACCUGUGAAGAGACCUGUUGGUCAAGUAACGAAGCCAAUUGACUUCCACUUCCGCACAGAGAAUAGAAUUAAACAACAUGGGGAAAGCCAGCCUGGGAAUGAGUACAAGGAGCUGGAUUUUGCAGCAGCUCUGAGGAAGCAUCCUUCCUCUCCGGGGCGACUGCCAAAGGGACCCACUGUCGUCCAACCCUUCAAUCUGUCCCAGGGAAACAAAAGAAAGCUGGAAGAAACAGCCUCAGAAUACGUGUCCCUUGCUGAGCAGGUGGAAGCAUUCCAGAAACGCACGCCCUCCCGAUACCAUCUGAGGAGCAGGAAAUCUGAUGAAGGCCCAGCUCCUGGGAAGCAGGGGAGGGCGCGGAUCACACACCCCAAGACCCCCGUGCUCCUCACAAAGCAGCGCCUGAGACCUGUCACCUGCAAAACUGCAGCAGAGUUGGAAGCAGAGGAAAUAGAGAAAAUUCAACAGUACAAAUUCAAAGCACGAGAACUUGAUCGCAGAAUCUUUGAGGGUGGACCACUCCUGCCCAAGAAGCCCCAUGUGAAGGAGCUCACCGAGCCUAUUGGCUUCCAGUUGGAGGUAGAAAAAAGGAUUCAGGAGCGUGAGAGUAAGAAGCAACAGGAGGAAGAGCACUUUGAAUUCCAUUCGAGGCCAUGUCCAACCAAGAUCCUGGAGAAUGUUGUGGGUGUUCCAGAGAAGAAACCACUUCCUGUCACAGUCCCCAAGUCUCCGGUCUUCACCUUGAAAAAUAGAAAGUCUGGCAGACAUGAAGAAAAGGAAAAAGAGGUGGUCCCUGUGAUCAAAGCUAACCCAAUGCCACACUAUGGAGUGCCCUUCAAACCCAAAAUGCCAGAUCAGAGGCAUGUGGAAGUUUGUCCCUUCUCUUUUGAUGCCCGUGACAGAGAGAGGCAAAUACAAAAAGAAAAGAAAAUAGAAGAAUUACAGAAGGAAGAGGUGCCAAAGUUCAAAGCGUUGCCUCUGCCUUACUUUGACCAAGUUAAGCUCCCAGAAAAGAAAGUCAAAAACCCAACCCAGCCUGAGCCCUUCAAUCUGCAGGUUGAUGAGCGGGGAGCUGCCAAGCUGCAGAGCUGGAAAGAGCAGCUUAAAGAAGACUUGAAGAGGCAGAAAGAGGCAGCAUGUUUUAAAGCUCGUCCCAACACGGUGGUGUACCAGGAGCCUUUUGUGCCUAAAAAGGAAAAUAAGCUGUUAUCAGAGAGCCUUUCUGGUUCCAUAGUACCUGAAGGCUUCGAGCUGGCGACAGAAAAACGAGCGAAAGAGCGGCAGGAGUUUGAGAAGCGCCUGGCGGAUAUAGAAGCCAUGAGGGAGAGGCAGCAGGAGCAGGUCAGGCAGCAGCAAGAGGAGCGUGAGAAGGAAGAAAUUGCCAAGCUAAGGCAAGAAAUGGUUCACAAGGCGAACCCAAUACGCAAGUACCGCAACGUAGAGGUGAAGCCCAGUGAGCAGCCCCUGACCAUGCCAAGGUCUCCCAACUUCUCAGAUAGAUUCCAGUGCUGA